AUGGCGAGUUCUGCGCGGAUUGAUUUCCGGCCCCCCGUAUACAAGCUUCAACUUUCACCCGCGUCCGUGACCUGCGCCAACGUUAUGCUGCCCGCCUCCCCGUCCGUCGUAAUCACCGUCCUUUGGGUACAAAAGCGCACGGAUGCGCUUGAUUGCAGCCGAGGCGAUGCGGCGCGGGAACACUCGUCUACGUUUCCACCGACUUGGAAUUUAAAAGACAAGGGCAUGCCGGUGAUUGUCAUUUUGCUUUUUCUCACCUUGGCACACUCGAUAUCAUUGGUUCGAAAGCUGGCCACAACUUCCAAUUACAGCCCGAAGCAGAGCAAAGACAACUAUAUGACAUUGACACCCCGAUCCGGCUCAAUCAUGGCCCCAAACAGGCAAGGGGAGUACUCGCCGAACGCCCCCUUGUUUGAUUCCCACUCUCAAAGCUGCCGCGUGUGA